CAAAAAGCGCAUAUUGUUUACGUAAGUGCGAGAACUGUUGAGAAUCACUGCCAAAGAAUGCGAAGGAUCAAGAAUCGAUCAUCGCUCGAUCAUUUUUACGGAUCUCAGUCGUGAAUGGGAGUCACUGGCAGGAAUUCCUGAGCACUCGGUCGACAAUCUUACAUUUUAAAGUUAGUGGAGCAAUGUUACACGGUAUUCCUAAUUCCUACCCUGUAGCGUAAAAGCCGUCUCCGGCCGACUUGAAUCAACAGGUAGUAAUCGGUCCGCGCGGUGCGUGCGUUUAAAAAUAAUCAAAUUACUUGUUACCGCGAAUCGGCGGGAAAUGUACGGACGAUACUGUGAAGGGAGUUCUCCCGAGUGUCCCGUUUGUGUCGGUUAAAAGGUAGUUCCGUUUUCGAAAGCGUCCGCGAGCUGCACGAACGAAUUCCUCGCAUUCCAACGUCGCUCCAGACACUCUGGCGAGGUUCUCCAGCAUCUGCCGAAGACGAGAAUGUUACUUUUGUGAUUACUCAUUCGGUGACAUCCGUGGAAUGCGUUAGGACAGUGUCUUUCUUCGCUCCAUGGAACAAUCGUUAUAUUUUGGCAUGGGUGGCAUUGGUUGACGAAAAGAAAGGGUGCUGGAUAAUCCAAAUGGAUAACGAAAGCCCAUUAUGGCCCAGCAUCUGCAAACCCAGCAUCAGCACGAAUUCCUACCACUGUGCGACGUACUCUUCAACAUAAUUUCACUAGCCUCGUACUUUUGCGACGUUGUGUUUGACUUUGCGAUGGUUUAUGCUCUCGCGUAUCACUCCGUGGCUCCUCCUCUUCUCUUUCCCUUGAGCAUAGCUCUCAUAGCAACUUCGUUGCUUAUUUCUCAGAUUAUUAGCGUACGAUGGUAUUUAUGGGGCGCCAGGGGGAAACUAACUGGUAAUGCAAUAAGAGAUUGCAAUAUCAAUGAGAAGAAGGAAAACGGGAAUUGGACGAUAUGGUGUGUCCUGCUGCUUCAUUCCACCCAAAUUGGAGUAUUGUGGAGAUACUUCAAGUUAUUUAUUCCGGUCAAUUUAACUUACGUUAAGCACGAGGUGAGGGAACUCUGUGUCUUGCGACUUAUCCAUGCCUUUUGCGAAGCCGCGCCAAUGUUGCUGCUGCAGUUAUACCUAUUGUCAAUCGGUAUCAACAAUGAUACGAAUGCCGACGGCAAGGCGAAGGAGAGCGAGAACAGAGAGGGCGACAAGCUGGCGAAACUGACCGCGGUAUCCGCCGGUCUGUCUCUCUGGAGCGUUUGCUGGGCGGUUGCCAGCUUCAGCAAAGGUGCGGCGCGUCUCCGGAACUUGGAACGACUCGUGCUGACAUGGCUGGGUGUGCUAGCACAGUUGGCAUGGCGUUUGGGAACAGUGAGCGCCAGGGUUGGAGUACUCGUAGCUUACGCGUCUCUUUAUGGUGGACAGUGGCUGUUGAUCGUCAUGGCUCUCCACUGGCUGUCCAUGUUGAUGUGGUUGCUGCUCACUCCAGAUGGACUUUUCCACGGUGGCGAGCAUUUGCCUGUUCUAAGGAAAACGUCAUUGGCCGCGUUACUCGCUUUCGUUUACAUAUUCGCGUAUGUAAACCUGCAUGAAACGAAUCAUCGUCAAAAGAUGGUGAUUUUUUACACGGUGAUGUUUUUGGAAAACAGUUUGCUGAUCGGUGUCUGGAUAGUAGGCGUCAAUCGAACUGAUCUCCUCCCGCAUCAGCAUCACCCGAACCCUGUCACUCUCGUACUUACACUGUUAGCUUUAUUCUUCGGUGGUAUGUUUUUCAUGGGCCUCUAUUAUAGGUUUUUUCAUGUACGAAGAUUGAGGUACGAAGCUGGUGGAAGAAUGACUGCUUCGAAUCUCACUGCUUCAUUAUCGAAUACCUCGUUAUCAAAUCAGGAGGAAAAACAGAUAGACUAUACGGAGGAUAAGAAAUUAGAUACGAACGUCGGCGUGAGGAGAGUGAAACUAAGCAACGGUGGGAUACCUGGCGUGUUCAAUUGCCGUUUUGCGAAUCCAGCCGUGGUGAAUCCGAAUCGUAAGAAAAAGAAACCGACCACGUUCGUACCUCCUCCACCGCCGCAAUCUCAAACUGGAGUCGCCUCGACUACCGUGAAUUCGGUAGGCGAUACGAAACAAUGGCUCGGCGCAAACACCAAUUCGCGGCAAUUGAUACCGUUCUGGAAGAAAUCUGCGAACACUGAUUCGAUGCAGAAUGACCACUCGACAGUGCAAAAAACAAAAACAGACACAAGUACCACUGGCUCAUUAAGCGUGAAUCUGAUACGAGAGAAACUUCAAGAGAAGAAGCAGCAACAGUUACGAGAAUUGCGCGCUAUUCAAGAAGAAAUAAAGGAAGGGAAACUGUUUCCGCCUCCGUCGGCUUCAGCUUCCUCGUUCUCGUCUUCGCCUGGGUCGAAUCAGCAACCACCGCCUAAUACGAAGCUGCAUACAUCUCCUAGCUCUCCUCUGUUCACGUCCGCACCAUCUAUAGGCGAUCAGAACGGAGGAGUGACGUUGUCCUCAUGGCCACCGGUCAAGAUGCACUGCAUGUUACCUCCGCCACCGUCCUCGUCAUAUUAUCCGAAUGUUUAUCCCUCAAACUCGUGGAGAACCACGCAGAGGGAACGAGCGGAUACCCCAGAAAUCCUGUUGGCGCCGAGAUGUCUUCCGCAUCAUUAUUCUCAUUGGGUGCCGUCCACUCACGUUAAUCACCGACUGCGUUCGAGUCAGAACGGGGGAGAAGAUAGCUCGAAAGGCGAAGGGGAAGUAGAAGGAGAAAUGAGUGACAUGGAGGGUAGCCAGGUGUCCUUACCACGAAGCUAUACUCUGCCACGUGAAUUUAAAUAUCAUCAUCCGAAUAGUACUGCCAGAGAACGACGCCCAGGAAACAGCAAAGUUCCUGCGUCGCGAUUUUAUUUACCUUCUACAAAUAGUUCUGAUGGGGAUGUAGACAGCGCGGAUAAUGAAGAGGAGACGGAUUCCGAGGUGCAUUAUCGCGUGAAGAACAAUCACGUUAUUAAUCAUCACUGCGAAACCCAACAGCAGCAACAACACCAACAGCAACGGUUCGCAUUCGAGGAAAACAAUAAGAACGAGUUCGUGAACCCUAACUCGGAUUCCACGAUGGCUGCGAUCGUGUCCGGGAACUCUUACCUAAAUAAUACUCAAGGAUUGCUUAGACCGAAUCAGUUGUUCCGGAACAGGGUCAAACAUGAAACGAAACUCUGAUAUUUUUUUCUAUGGGCGUGCAAUCGAAGAAUGUAUAGCAAGAGGGAUCUUUGUUAAGAGAACGACGAACUUACGGUGAGCAACGAAAGUAUUCGAACGACACGGUAGGAAAUAAUUAUUCAUUUUGUAAAAAGUGUACAAUGCAGAAAAUAUUUUGAUAAUAACAAUUUAAGGAUGUAU